AUGCCACGCAAAACGCCAGAACUGGACCAGGACUUCAACAUUUAUGUCGACCCUUCUUCGUGUGUGAGAGAAGCCAUGGAUGAAGACACCCCCGCCACCAAUAUUCCGCCUGUGGCGGACGAGGUGCUGGAGUCGGUUGCACCAGAGGACUCGGCUCAAGACGUUGCGGCCGAAGUCGCAGGGGAGGACGAACAGGACUUGACCGAGGAGCCUGAUGUCACACCCGCGGACGAGGAUGUAGUUGAGACUGAAGAAGUGCUCGACACUACGGAAGUCGACAUCCCGAAGAACGAAGCCGAGGUUGCCGGCGAGGAUAUCGAGGAUGAAGAACAAGUCGACCCGACGCCCAACGACGACUUGAUCGAAGACGAACCUGUUGUGGAACAAGACGAUGCAGCAGAGCCGACGACGGAGGACAAUACCCUAGCUACCGAACAUGUCGACGAAGAGUCUGUUGUGGAGAAUGAAAUGGAGGAGCACUCACAGCUUGAGGAUAUGCCGGAGCAGGCCGGUGCCGACCAGACCGAGGCGGAAGAAGUGUUGGAAAGCGAAAGCACAGAGGAGGCUCUUGAGGAGGCCGCGAGCGGCGAACUCGACGAACCUGGCAAUGUCGACGCAGCAGACACUUUCUCAGAGACUGCAGACGAGGACAAGGAGGAAGUGUAUGACAACAAAGACGCAGAGGUGGACGACGUGCACACAGACGAACAAGAAGCGUCCGACGUGGACCAGGAACAGGAACAAGACCGGGGCCCGCAGCGAUUGGGAGAGCGAAAAACCUCGCUUCGCACGGAAGCGCUCAUCCAAGCAGCAGCACGAGCCGUGGUCGCCAAGAUUGAAAAGCGAAAGAGCGGUGAGCUGCCGGAGCCCGAGGACGAGUUCGACCAGUCCAUGGUCAGCACCGAUUCCCAAGACACCGAGACGAGGGGCCGGGACGACUACGACGACGACGCCUUCAACGCUGCUAGGGACCUGCUGGUGAACAGCCUCAACGACCAGCACCACAACCGAUCACAGUCGGCUGGGUCAUCGGUCCGACACAACGCAUCGCAUUCGAUUUCCAGCGACGACGCCAACGACAGCAGCUCGCAGCACGAGCGUGAAGACGACGUGUUCAGCGACCGCAGUGCUCGGAGCUCGCUCGGCUCUCUCGACCCGGUGAGCGACCCGGAGCACUACGAGGGGGGCACAAUCCGUGGGAGCAGUCUCAACAGCAUCAAGACCCCCCACGCCAAAGACGCCUUUGCCUUUUCCGAGCGCCGUGACUCCUUCACAUCGUCCACCACCAGCAGCCAAGACCACCACCAACCCUCACACUCCUCUUCCCACUCGCACACCAUUUCACCCGCACGCACGGUGUCCAACUUUUCAACCAUCUCAGGGCUGUCGGCCUACGACGACUCCAAACAGGGCGGUUUCGUGCCCACACACCGCGAGACCCGGUUGCCGUUCCGCACGCCGUCCGAGAUCCGCGCGAUGCAGAUGGCGUCGCCCAGCCCGUCGGUGUUCAACGGCAGUUCCCCGUCAUCGCGGCCGGGCACGGGGGCUAGCAAGCGGUACAAUGGAGCUACUAACAACAACAACAACGGGUUCAGCAGUCCGACGGCAUCGGCACAGUACUCCCCCAAGGGCCGGUCGACGCCAACACGACUGAAGUCGGCGCGCAAAGAGGCGCCGUUGGUGCUGUUGCAUGUCACGCUGCUGCCGCUGCAGUGGGCGUGGGGGGAUGUCUUGAACGGUAUGGAUGCGCUUGUUGUUAGUAACAGCGAUUCCCUGGGUAAGACAGACCUAGCUACUCCUAGUGAGUCCGUCGUCACUCCCCCGCCCAGCGACCAGCUCAAGACCCUCCGCGACGCAUGGCGCGAGCUGCAAAGCCGGGUGGGCGAAACCGUCCUCGAUCGCGGCAUCCUCCUCCCGCACCCACAAAACGAUUACGAGGUUCUCGAGGAACGCCUGCUUGAGGCGCUGGAACUACCCCUGCGCCGCCGGGCGCGCAUUCUCGAAUGUGGCCACUACGUCGGCCCCGCCAAUGUCCCCGACGAGUACGACGAAGACAUCAGCGACGACGAAGGCGGCCGCCUCAGUCGGGAAGACAAGCGGCAAUGGUGCGCAACAUGCGAGACAGAGAUCCGUGUCGAAGACCUCGGCGUCGGCAAGGUGUUCCGGGUGAAAGUGUACGCCAGUAAUGGGCUGAUGCGUGCAGGCGCCUGGGAGGCUUGCUGGAAGGAGAUGGAAAGGGUCGAUGUGGAGGUUGAGCCGAUUGUGGACGCCACGCUGCAGAGCGAGUUGGAACGGCUGGCGCUGUUGCAGGAUGAGUUAGAGGAGCAGCGGAGACGGGAGGUGGUGGAGUUGGAACGGGCUGCCGAGCUGGCUGCUGAGGCGGAGGCCAAGGCGAUGGUUGAGGGCUUGCGGGCGUCGAGUCGUCAGCAAAAGGAGCAGCAGCCGGAUGCUCUCGAUGCGCAGAGGUCGAUGAUGCCUUCGCCUGCGCCCUCGGGCAUGCAAUUGGCUAUGCGAACCGCUACGCCGCAGCCUUCAGCCGCGAAUACGCUUGUCCGCGCGGGGACGCCCAGCGCGUACCCCGUUGAUACCUCUGAGGAGCGCCGGAUGCGUGACGAGGAGCGUAUGCGUGAGAUUUACGGGGAUUCUCCCACACCCCCUAGCAAUGCACCAACACCCGACCAUCAACAGCAGCCACAACAUCACCAACACCAACCAUCCCAACCACAACACCAACAGCACUACCCCCCACAGACUCAAACCCAACUCCCACCAACCCUCCCCCUCCUCACCGACGGCCGGCAAGAGCACGCCCAUCAACAACCCCGCCAGUCCCGCCCAUUACCACUAGACGAAAACUCGGGUUUUGUCGAAGUGUUAAUGGAAGCCUUCAAGGUGCUGCUACGCGACCCGAAGAAUGUCGCUAUCAUCGUGCUGUGUGUGUUUGUCGUGUUUAUGAUCAAGAGGCCUGGUCUUGAGGCUCAGCAGGCUCAGCAGGGGCUUGUACCGGCGCCGCAGGUUCCGGUGGUUCAUGUGUCUUCGCAGGUUCCGCAGGCGCAGGUGCAAGUCCCGGAGGUGCAGGUCGGGCAGGGGCAGGUUGGCCAGGGGCAGAUUCCUCAGGGGCAGAUUCAGGGUGUGAAGCAGGUGCCGCAAGUGGAGGGGGUUCAGGGCCUGGGGAAUGGGGAUGUUGCGGGGUAUGAGAUUGGGAUGAUGGGUGAGGUGCAGGCGGGAGGUCGGAAGGGGGCUGUGAGGGAGGUGCCGAUGGUGGAGGGUGGUGCUGCGGAAGAGGUUGUGGAAAACGUGGUGAAGGCGCUUCCAGCCAGUGAGGAAGUGGUCGUUGAGCACUCCACUGAGCAGACUGUCGAGGUGGAAGUCACCGAGACAGAGUCACAGACGGAGGCAGAGGCAGAGCCCGAGGCCCUUGUGGAGCAGACCGACGCUGCCAUCGACACGCGCGCUGCUGUCUUCAUCCUCCCCGACGACAUGUGCGCCCCCCACGGCCCCGCCUACCCCGUCACUCCGAUCGACGAGCUCCCUCUGCUCACCCCCGAAGUCGACAACAGCGAAAACUCCGACGACGACCUCCCAGCAAACUGUAACCCCCCCUCGACGACCUCAUCAGCCCUCGGCCCCCUCGUAACCCAACGCCGUACCGUCCGCCUCUUCGAAACCGUCACCGAGACCGUACGUGUCAGCGUCGUCACCCAGACCGAGACUGUCUCGACCGUUGUGACUGCUAUCCCGCAGACGGUGGAGGAGACGGUGUAUGAGACGGAGACGGUGAGGAUUACCGUUUCUGUGCCUGUUGAGGGGCAGAAGGCGGUGGAGAAAAAGGAGGAAAAGGAGGGGUGUGAGGGGAAGGGGAAGAAGGGGUGGUUUUAG